CUUAACUCAAAUGCAGGAGUAGGUGAGAAGUCUAUAUGGCCAUAAGAGGAGAUGUUAUAUAUGCCUAGACUUUUCAUUCUUCUUCGGUUAUAAACCAGAAAAGCUAGAGGCAAAACACAAAGAGGGUAUAGUAGGAGAUUUCUUUUUGUCUCUAACUGUAAGUGGCGAAGAGAAGUUCAUUCAUCAUCAAUCAAUACAGAAUUCAUAGCUAUAGUAAUUUAAGAUGACUUCAUCAAAUAGGCACUGGCCUAGUAUGUUCAAAUCAAAGCCCACCUACACCGCUCAUCAGGACCACCAUGGCUCGAACCAUGUUGUCACUUCUGCUCCCCACAGAUCAUCUCCUCACACUUAUGGAUGUGACGAAAGGACCCCGGAACCAAAGCCUAGAUGGAAUCCUAAACCCGAGCAAAUUCAGAUCCUUGAAUCCAUUUUCAACUCAGGAAUGAUAAACCCUCCGAGAGAUGAAAUUAAAAAAAUCCGAGCUCGACUGCAAGAGUAUGGCCAAGUCGGUGACGCCAACGUCUUCUACUGGUUCCAGAACAGGAAAUCUAGGAGCAAAAACAAGACCCGCCGCCUCCAAAAAUCACAAAGUCGCCAAGCUCAGCCUGUUUCUCCGACUGCCACCAAGGCAGCAACCACCUCUUCAUCGUCCUACUCAGACAAUUCCUCAUCCAACUCAACUGAGUUCCUUUUGCACUCCUAUUUAGGUGGUGGUGGGGGGGCUGGUUCCCACCACCAACACCAUGGACAUUUCUUUCAGGAAUCGUUCUUUUUCCCUGUGCAACAAGCAUCUCUGUCACCAACGACUGCGAGUUGCACACAAGAUUUUUUCUUUCCCGAUGUGAGCACGGUGAUUAAUCAGGAAUAUCGUCCAAGGAAUGAUAAUGGCCACACGGUUUUGAGUAGCACUAGCAUGUCGUUUACUGAUUUGAUGAUGAAUCCUCUAUAUGGAAUCCCAAAUAAGCAUUCAAAAAGCAAGGAGGAUGAAGAAGAGGAUAUUAUCAAAACGUUAACUCAUAGUACACCAUCGCCACCACCGACAGCUUCUACUUGCAUAACAGCACCACCACCACCACCUGCAGUUCCUACUUCACUUGUCCCUCCUGCUCCUACUUCAACUAUCAUUCCAUUAACUAUAAAUGAUGUUGAAGGUGAGGGAGGUGGAAUGGGGAAGUUAAUAGUGUUUAUCAACGAUGUGCCUUUUGAGGUGGCGAUUGGACCCUUUAAUGUGAAGGAGGCGUUUGGGAGUGAUGUGGUGCUCAUAGACUCCUCUGGACAUACUGUGGUGACAAACGAUUGGGGGGUCACUACCCAGUCUCUCCAGCAUGGUGCCUUUUAUUACCUCGUGCGUCUACACACAAAUGAUCAUGCUGGCGUACGUUAUUGAUUUGGUAGAUUUCUAGCUAUCCCUUCAGCAUCCUAAAUUUUGAGAAAGCCAUAUAUUACUAUAUAAAUAUGUAUCUUUUGAAUGUAGCAAGAAUUAAAAUAUACCACAAUAACAAGAAAUAAUUACUGGAAAGGAAAAACUAAAGACCACACUUACAUAAACAUUAUUUGCGAUCGGUUUAGAAGCUCUUAUCAGUUUGCCUAUAUACAGGAUCAUUAUUUAAAUCUUGGUUAUAUUAAUAGUAGCACAUGAAUGCAGUACUCUAAUGUGGUUCCUUUACAAGUUUUUUAAAUUUCUCCUCGGAGUU